CUAGAAGAAUUUCGGGAAGAGAGAGAAAACAUUAUUACGUCACUAGACGAUGUUCUGGAUUCUUUAUUGGCCCUUCCUUCCAGUUCUCGAUCCUCUAGCCCCACGACGAUACUUCAUGGCAGCCCCACUGCCCAUCAAAUGGUUUGUGAAGGACGAACACUUCACUCCACUGAUUGGUCUGAAAUGACAGAUACUCGUAAGAAUUCACGUAUUGACACGACGUCAUCUACAACAGUCUUAAGUGGUCGCGAGGUUCAACGGGAAUUACCUACUCGAAGGUUAAGUAAUACAGGUAUUCAGCGACCUGUAAUAACAGAGAAAAAGGCAGCCUCCAGUUUCUCGGCCGCAUUUGAAGGCGAUCACUUCUCCAAAGAUACACUUCCCAAAAAGAAAGAUCCAAUAGAUAACAAGAAGUCAUCGCCUACUCUGAAACCAGUAACUACACAACACCAGCGCCAAUAUUUUCAGGAGUCUACUGAGGAAACCCAAGUAAUCUCGUGCUCUUCCUCUCUGGAUCCGACCAAUCAGACUAGCGCAUUAAUAGUCUCGACAGAUAAAGAAAUUUCUCAGUAUGAGUCACCUCAGCGACAGGAAAAAGUCACGUGCAACCGUCCAAAGUGUUCUAAAGUCUUGCCUGCAGAAGUUGCGAGAACCAAGUUGCGUAUGUGUCCGAACUGUUACACCUAUUACUGUAGCAGACAUUGUCGUAAAGUUCACUGGGAUCAUCAUAAGAAUCAGUGUCCGUACACGAAGAUCACUAAUGUGUGCCAACAAAUUCUGGCGAAAGUUCGUCAAGACCCAGUUUCUAGACGUAACCUUUCCGUGUGUGCAAGACGAGGAUAUCUCUCCAGGGGACGAGGAGCUGUGAAGCUGGUAUUUUACACUACUGACGAUGCUGUUGACUUCAUGUGUAAAGGUUGGGGCUCGACUCGCGGACAGAAUAUCUACAUCCCUCGAUGUGAGAUCGUGCCCCAGGAAAUGGGCACCGAGGUGUAUACCCACAUCCGCUCCCUCUGUGACCGCUACAACCCAGGGAAGAAGUUUGUGCUUCUAGCAGCUGUACGUAUAACUCAAGAGAUGUCGAGUGGUGCGGGUGCCUUAGUGGAGCGAGAAAUAAUCACAAGAGGGACCAAGUUGCAGCUUGUGCCACCUCAACCGGAAGAUGACCUUCAAACCGUGUUAUUCGCGAUAGCUAAGGGUCCUGGAUCUGACCUGACACAGAGACACCAAGAAUGUGAAGCUGUGAAGCGCCAUCUACAGGAACGAGGAAUCAAUUUUGCUACAGAAUUUCCAGAAAUUUUUGCGAAAAUUAAGCAAUUUGUUCAAGGAGGAGAGGCCUUCGUUCCUUUUAGUGCAUUCCUCACUGACCAGAGAACAAGGAAAAUGUUUAUGUGUAUCAUCUCACCUUGGGCCGAUGCUGAGAUUUUUCAAAAUAUUUCAGCCAAAGAAACAAUCAAUAAGUCAAGACGGCUGUGGAUGUUAUAACCUGACGAGUCGACGAGACAAAAAAAAAACAACAACAACAAAAAACGCCUGUCUUUUGUUUCCGACAAGUCGACGAGCAAAAAAAAAAAACAACAAAAAACGUCUGUCUUUUGUUUCCGACAGGUCGACGAGACAAAAAAAA